AUGUUACGACAAGACCCAGGGCCAACCCUCGAGCUCAUCCUCGAGAUUCAACCGAAACUUGCCCAGAAUUGGGAUCAAAUCAUUUGUACCAUGAACCACAUCAUGCCCCUAGAAGGACCUCAACCAGACCCAGCAAUCGAUCAAAACUUGAAUGAAUUCAAGCCUUAUAGGCUUCGCGACUUGGCUACCUGUAUCCGAGGAGAUUUGCAAAUGCAAAUCGAAGAUUUUCUUCACAGCGCUCGUCUGGUGAUUGAAGAAAUCGAACUUGCAAGAGACGAACGCGAAACAUCCAUAGGAUACGAUUCUUAUGAGCUCGACAACUCGAUCGAUUCAGCCCUCGAAUGGUCCAAAGUAUCCGAAUUGGAUCUUCUCAAUGGAUGUUGGGAAGGAGCACUACUCCAAACCAACGCUGGAUUGGAAGACCUUUUGUUUAUUGUCCAUCUCAACUACAGACCGAUCAGUCGACCGAUUGCUCAGCUCGCUAAAUCCUUCAUCCCACUGCUCAAGCUAACUAAACUGUUCUUCAAUAAAUUAUUACGAUUGGGCUUAACCAUCAAAGCAGAUGUACAAUCGUAUACGGAGAUGUCGACUGCUCAACUCUUGUUGUUCGAAAGAUCCGCUCAAGCGAUCGCUAGAUCGAUCUCGGCUUCGGUGGGUAGGCUGAUAGAACCUGAAGUGGAAGAUCGAGCACAAAUCAGUCAGGAACUCAUCCAUCAAAUCAGUCAGGAACUCAUCCAUCAACUCAAAAGCCUCUCCCCUCUCUUUCAAUCUGUCUUACUUCUUUUAAACCUCUACAUCAUACCUCUCGUCCCGAAUAACAAGCUUUCUUCUGCUCAGAUUCCCUUCAAAGCUUGGUUAGUCACUUGGUAUACUCUAUUCUUUAAAGCUACAAAUAAUGCUAUCAAUGCUGCCAACUCGUUUGCUCCAAACCUCGAUUAAUCAAGUGCUACUUAACCUGUUUUGUUUGUCAUGCUCCUCCCAGUUAUUUUUAUUGAUUCUGCUCAUGGAAAACUUGACCAUCUGUGACAUUUUCCAAAAUCUAUUGUUCCUUAUCAAUUCCCUUUCAGCUUGUUUUUUGUAGGAGUUGGUAGAAUUAAUUUCCCAUCACGCGCAUUCUAAGAGCAAAUCAAUGUAAUAAUUUUGUUUAUCUUUAGGUGUCUGUUGUUGUUAUCUUUGACAAGAAAACUUUCCGGCCUGCGCCCGCGCGGACCGGCUGCG